AUGGCAAUGGUUGACAUGAAGUUUGUAUUCAACACAUCCAUGGCUUACAUAUCACUUGUGUCCACAUUUGCAGCGAUUGGUAGUGUUGUUGGAUCUAUGGCUGGAUUCCUCUAUAAAUACAUCGACCGUCAAACAACCUUGGUCAUUAUGACUUUUAAUAUAGCAAUAUUUACAACUUUAAUACCGUUUUGUCCGAACAUAUGGUUACUCUACUUGUGCACAUUUAUAGCCAUGGUCGGUGGCGGCGCCUACGAUAGCAGUACAUCCGUUUGGAUUAUAGAGUUAUGGGGCGACCAAUCGGGCCCAUGGCUACAGAUAUCGGGCCUGACUUACGGAUUGGGCAAUAUUUUAGCCCCGAUGAUAGUUAGGCCAUAUUUGACUGGAGACCUGUCCCAUAGGACAGAAUCAGUCAACUCAUUGGUUCCCAAUAUAAACAAUACUAAUAAUAUAGAUAUUAACAAUUCUGUUGAUAGACGAGCCCUAUUACAAGUGCCAUAUAUGAUCGUAGGGGCCAUUUGCACCAUCGGACCUGUGUUAUUAUUAAUAAUGCACCUUGUUAAACGAUACCAUGUACCAAUGGAUAGACUUACGCAGCAACCUAUUGAAAGUAAACCGUGUGCUCUGGCAGAAGUGGUUGAGACCAACAAACCCACAAUUCCCUCAAUGGUAGCCCUGAGCCUCACAAUGAGAGUAUUAAUAAUAGCAUUAAUAGCCGUAUCCAUGAGUUUAUACGUUGGUAUGGAAUUCGCCUAUUUCUCCAACAGUCCCACAUAUUUUCAAUACCUGGCCAUCAGUUUGUCGGCCAAACAGUCGGCCGAUCUGUUGACAGCCGUCACCACUACCUAUACGUUGGGCCGAAUAUCGGCCGCAUAUAUGGCCAGCAAAUUAAGGCCCGAAGUAAUGCUCGCUAUUCACUAUGUAAUCAUUGGCAUAUCGUUGGGAACAUUAUAUUUAGGACAGACAUCGAUAAUAGCCAUAUGGAUUGGUAAUGUAGGCUUUGGUUUAGGAUUGAGUGCCCUUUGGUCCGGCUGUAUUCUCGAUAACAGCGAAUGCAUUAAUAAGCAAUACACUGCGUUAGAACAUAAUGACAUAAUGAACGGCAUGGCAAACAAUAUUCUGGCGCCCACCAUGGUUGAUAUGAAGUUUAUGUUUCGCACAUCGAUGUCACUUAUAUCCUAUGUAAUAACUUUAGGUGGUGUGGGGUAUAUGAUUGGCUCAUUAAGCGGAUUUUUAUAUCGAUGGAUUAACAGACAAAUCACCCUAAUUAUAAUGACUGUAAUAAUGGGUGUAUUUUGUGCGUUAAUGCCUAUUUGUACCAAUCUAUGGCAAUUAUAUCUAUGUUACUUUACCCUAUCAUUGGGCUCCGGGGCGUGGGAUAGCAGUAACGCCGUGUGGGCUAUAGAGAUGUGGGCCGACAACAGCCCACCAGUGCUACAGUUGUCGCAAAUGAUGUCCGGUUUGGGCUCAAUAUUGGCCCCAUUAUUGGUCAGACCGUAUCUAACGGGCGAUUUGUCCGACGAUAGACUUAACUCAACGGCAAAUGAUUUAUUAAACUUAUUGGUGAACAGGAGGUCUCGCCUAACCCUACCCUACAUGGUUACCGGUGCCAUGUGUUUAACAGGGUUGAACUCGUAUUGGGGACUCGAGACG